AUGGUCAAACUCCCUGACAAAGUUGAGUUUGCCAGCUCUUGUGUUACUACUGUAGUACUGAUUGCAAAUAUUAUUUCUGAUGUAUUUGAUUUAGCUUCAGAGAUCUCACAGGAUUUGCCUUUCUUACGGGGGCUGCUUGAAAUAUUUCCUUUUGCUUCAGAUGAUCUAGAAGCCCGGAGUGCACUCUGGAGCAUCAUUGCAAGGCUGCUAUUUCAUGUUCAGGAAAAUGAGAUGGGUCAAUCAAGUCUCUCUCAGUAUGUUUCAGUUCUUGUAAGCAAAUCUGAUCUGAUUGAAGAUGAUCUUCUCGACCACCAACUAGAUGACUCCAGCAAAGGGCAUAAGGAGGGCUUGACCACUUAUUGCACAAAAUCAAAUGCUAUAAGUACAGCGCUUAGAAGGAUGAUCUGUAUUUUAACCCAAUGGACUACUUCAAACGACUUUGCUGAAGUGACUAACAUGGCAAAUGAGCUUAACGAAGAUAAUGUCAAUGUGAAUAGAUUGCUUGAUUGCUGUCGUAAAUAUUCUGAUUUUGCAGGUAGAAGUCAAGUGGAUCUUUUAAGCGACCACAUGCAUGUUAUCCAAAACAUUUGGCUGCUUAAUGCAAUACACUAGGUUGUGGGGAUGGAAUGCUUGAAAAGCAAAUAUCAUUUUGAGCUUUUUUUGUACCUUGAAUCGACUUUGCACUUUUGACACUUUCUUGUUGCCAAACCACAGAACAUUAGAACAUUGUGAAAAGGAAAUGAGUGAGAAUUAAGUCUGUCAUGUUUGCUGUUUCAUUGUAAUAGAGACUAUAAAUUUAGAAAGGCAGAAUGGGGGAUUACCAAAAAUACAAAAUAAAAAGACUUUUUUUUU